AAAGCAUCGGCUCUUUUGUGCGAGAGUCGAUUCAAAAGCAAAAGUGGCAAAUGAUUCAGAAUCAGUGGCACAUUCCGAGGUCUGUGUUAUUGUCUGCUAUUUAAUCUAAAAUUGUUUUAGUGUUUUAUUUCAAAAUCUCCUCGGUCCAUGGGCGUGUGUACAAGUUCGUAUGUGAAAUAUUUUUGUGGUCCAAAUGUAUCUAGUCAGCUAGAACGACCGAAGUGGAGCAUAUCUUUUGUCUGGUCACGAUUAUUUCAUAUUAAACCAUCAGAUCAGUGUUUACUUCAUUUUUGCGUUAUUUAUUCUAUAAGAUCAUCAUACUGGGUUUUUUUGGAAUCAAGAAUCAGAAUCGGAGUCGACUCCUCCGGUCUUAACUGUGUUUAAAAUGCUGAGCCGGUUCUGCGUGCCGUCAGGCCAGUCCAUUGCUCGUUAGAGGGGUGUACGUCGUAUUUCUGGAAACGCGAUCCCUAUGUUGUUUUUGAUGUUUACCGCAUUUCACAUUAUGACUGAAUGUGUCUAUGUGCGCUCCACGAUUUAUCAUAAAGUUUGUCGAAUUCAGCAGUUUAAUGAACGUCCGUGAAAUACCAAGAGCACCAUUACGCCCCCUUUGUUGCACCUCCAUCCUGAGGUCUGAAUCCGUAUCUCGAGCUCGAUUGAGAAGCCUGUGGCGCACGUAGAGCGAGGGGGGGUUUUUGAUGUGAUCAGCGGUAUCGAGCAGUUUGGGGAUUUUAUGUGGAUUUGAAUUCGCAUUAGGUUAUUUUAAUGUGUCAGGAUUAGGCGCCCUGGUGUGUGUGUGAUAAACGACGCAGUGCGAGAUGUGGAAUUUUGCUGUAACCGGUGCCAUAGCCGUGUUUUUUCCCCCCCAUGUGGCUGUCAUUCAAAUGGAAUCUGCGUUAGCCGUGAGCUAGCCUGCUAGCUAGCACGCCUUUGGACUCGCGCAGGACUCCGCUGCUAUCUUUAUUUUUAUUUUUUUUAAACGUAAUUGUUUGUGAUUUCACCUUUUUUUUAAGAACAUUUUUUUGUUUGUCCUAAAUACAUAACGCGCAAAGUUGCCUAAGUGUCUGUGUGCUAUGCGCCGCAGUAUGCGUCAGUCAUGCGGGACAGCGCGAGCCGACCGUGAGAGAGUAUAGUGGACUUAACCCGGGUUAUUUCUGGCGCCUGGGGUCACCGGAUCCGUCCGUCCGUCCGUCCAUCCAUCCAUCCAUCCAUCCAUCCAUCCAAAGCCUUAAAGUCGGUCCACCUGGAUACUAGCUCACACGGAGGAUUUCUGAGACUCGGUCGGCGUCACACUGCGGUUCGAAUUUCAUUUUUUUGCCCCCCAUUGCGCAUGCUCACACUAGUCAUACAAUGGAUCUGAAUUUUUACUCGGACCUGACGGAUGGGACCGGACAGCCCGGGGAUCCCGAGUUCCUGGACGCUCAAGCCUUUAACGGGUUUGAUACCGUUCAAAAGUUUCCCGGAGGAAGCGACAACUUUUUGCCCAUCAGUGGAGAGGGCCAUCCUUUCCUGUCCUCCUCCGAGGUACCACUCCACUCCACAUACUCCCUUCAAAUCCAGGAUGCUGAGACUUUCCACACACCCAGUCUGGGCGACGAGGAGUUUGAGAUCCCGCCCAUCUCGCUGGACCCUGACUCGGCCCUCAGCGUUUCUGAUGUGGUGUCGCACUUCGGAGAGCUGGGCGAUGGUGGUCCAGCCCCUGUCGUCCCUGGCAAUGCUGUGGUACAGGGUGAUGACCCUUCCUUUGCCUCAACCUUUGUAAACCCAACAACACAAGGGCUUGAGCAUUUGAGUCUGAUGACCCAGCAAGGAGGAGGACCGAUGUUGGGAUCAACUCUGGGAAUGGAUCUUGGGCAUCCCAUUGGCUCACAGUUCCGCAGCUCCUCCCCCAUGACCAUCGACGUGCCACUCCCAGACAUGAACCACGGCCUGCUGGGGCACAAUCCACUGACCACUAUUGAUCAGUCGGAGCUUAGUGCACAGCUGGGUCUCAGUCUAGGGGGCGGGGCCAUUCUUACACGCACUCACUCACCUGACCAGCCACUUUCAGCCACCGGCUCGCCUUCGGAAUCACUGCAGGAUGACGACAUGGACGACUUCAGAAGAAAGAGCGUGCUUGUGGAGUCCCCAGUGUCUCUUUCCGUCUCUCCCGGUGUUUCUCUAUCUCCUGCUCUCUCAGAGCAGCCUGCCUCAUCUGUGUCCCCUGCUCCACCCACCCUGGCCCGUAAAGGAGUAGGUGUUGGAGGGGCCAAAAAAGGCAAGAAGAAGAAGGAUCCCAACGAGCCUCAGAAGCCAGUUUCGGCAUAUGCGUUGUUCUUCCGUGAUACACAGGCAGCUAUCAAGGGACAGAACCCCAACGCCACGUUUGGAGAGGUGUCCAAGAUCGUUGCAUCCAUGUGGGACAGUUUGGGGGAGGAGCAGAAGCAGGUCUACAAGAGGAAGACUGAAGCUGCUAAGAAAGAGUAUCUUAAAGCACUGGCAGCUUAUAGAGCCAGUCAGCUAUCGCAGACCACUAUUGAGGUGCUGGACACGGCGCCUUCUCCACCCGCUGCACCUGUUGUAACACCUAUCCCUGAGGCUCCACCCCCUCAGCCAACGCCCACACGCUCCAGCCGCAUCCCGGUGCAUGCACCCGACAACAACACCAUCACCAACAUUUGCAUGUCGAACAUCAUCAUCGACUUGCCGCAAGUGACUACACGCUCUCGCACAGGUGCCCACAAGCCGCCCGCUUCCUCAGCUCCACCCACUGCACCGACCCCGACCCUGCCCACGGUCACCAAGAUCGUCCCCAAGCAGCCGUCAGCCCGCCAGCCGCCACCCCUGCAGCAGAUGCAGAACACGCCGCCGCCCCCACGCCUCCAGCAGAUGGUGCAUUCUGUUGCACCGCCACCUCUCCAGGCCAAACCUCGCGGAGGAGGUGCGGUCGGCCAGGCCACUGCCCCUGUUGCUGCCACACCUCCUCCUCCGCUGCAGAUCAAAAUAGUCCCUGCCCCUGCACAGGCGGAGAUGGCCACACCUAUUAUUGUGACUAGCACCACAGAGGCACCCACAGAUGCUGCCACUAUGGAGGUGGAAGUGGCGCAGCCAGCUACUAUAGUCACCACAGAAGCAGAGGAAGGGAUGGAGGUGGAACUGAACAGCUCUCCAGCACAUGAGGUGGAUGCUCCUGCAGGUCCUGCUGUUUGUGUGCGUGCAGGCUGCAACAACCCACCUGUGGAAAGCAAAGACUGGGACAGAGAAUACUGUAGCAAUGAGUGUGUGGCCACACAUUGCAGGGAUGUAUUCAUGGCUUGGUGUGCGAUCAGAGGACAGAACUCCACCACCGUCACUUAAAACUCAGAGGACCAAUUGCUGAGUGAAACAGGGAUGAAGGCAGAGAGAGAGGAAAUGAGAAUUGGCAUUGCCGUGAGCAUUUAUAGAUAGGAAAGACUUUCAGAGGAAUAUUUUUUAAUCAGUUUUUUGUUUAUCACUACUUGCAUCUCAAGGUAACACUGAAUGUGAUGAUUUUACAGGGAUUAAGUGGACCCGUCAGCACCAGUAUGGUUAACAAUGUAGUUAUUAGCUGUACUGAUUAGCUACAUGAUUGAGCUAUCCAUUUAAGCACAAAAGUGAAAAAAUUUCAUUUUUUUGAAGUUUGGGGAAAACUCGUGUUGGGAAAAAGUCCUUAAAUUGAUCAAUUUACGGGGGAACUAAAACCUCGAAAGGUUUGAAAAGAAGGCAUAAAAUGCUCAGUGGUAUGAACAAUUGAAAAAUUUUGACCCAAGUAGUUUUGUCAUUUAUUAGUUCAGUCUCCUUCCCAAAUUUGUAUGCCCAACAUAUAAAAAAAUAAAUAAAUAAAAAUUUCCCAUCUCCCAACCAGUCGAAUUCCAUGUGGAGUGGGGACAAUAUUAAAAAUGUUGAAACAUGUAGGUACUAUUUUCACAAGCCUCACAAAAAAAAGGGAUUAGAUUUGUCAAUAAGUUAAAUGAUUGAAGCUGGCAUUAUAAAAGUUGCAGUCUUUCCAAAAAUGUGCAGCUCUUUUUCCAAUUAUGCAGGAACGGUUUUGUGAUUUGUUUUGAUUUCAUGGAGAAGUGUCAAAAUAAUGAAGGACUAGCUCUGUUCAGUACAGCUGAAAUGUGCUGUACUGUAAUUUCUCACACACCUAAAGAGAUCACAUUUUAACAAUUUCCAAACUCUGAUCAUGACGUACGCUCAAAACCUCAGAUUGUAGAUCACUACUCUAGUGGAAACAUUUACUUGGGUAAGAUACAGUAUUGUGAACAAUGAGACACUAGAGAUUUUAAAUGUUCUAUACACCUACAUGAGCAAGAUCAGUGUUUUAUAUUCCAGGAUGGAGUUUGUUCCUUAUUUUGCAGCCUGCGUUGUUGGAGACAAAUUGCAAAAUUUCUACAUUGCAAUCUGUUACAAUUUUUGUUUUUUCCCAUUUUUUUUUUUUUUAGUGACUGGAAUCAGUGGAUUAGACAUUUCAUGUUAAAUAAACAUCAACCAUGAAUCA